AUGGGAUCUGCAGGAAUCGCUAUUGGACCUGACGGAAAGCCACUUAAACGCCAAGAAAAGAGAACCCAAGUUCCGCGUGGUGGCAUCACCAAGCCCGGAAUGAAGAGAGGAGGAAUGCCUAUGCGUCCAAUGCGUGGAGGUAUGGGCCCUGGCCCGCUCAUGGGUGGAUAUGGCCCUGGUCCAUUUGGGCCUGGAGGCUUUGGACCUGGGAUGAGAGGACCCAUGCCUUUUGGAGGCGGACCUGUUCGAAACAUGGGACCAUAUGGUGGGCCUGCUGGACCAGUUGGUCCAGGUCCUGAACAAAACGUAACCUUCUUCAAGGGCCCACAGCAAGCUGCUCCUGCUGGGGUACGUUUGACUUUCUGA